UAUGACAGUUGGCACUUAACUAAUAGCUAAUAUUUGUCGUCCGCCGUGUCAAUAUUCAUAAUUUCUUACCAAAAUAAUAAUAUUAUGAUUGAAUCGUACAACUUUCAUGCAGAAAAUCCUGAUGAAUCUAUUAUACUAACUUUCAUAGUUACAAGCAGUAAGGUGAAUUUUUACAUUUUGUGAGAACUUGUGACACUUAAGUUUUUACAUUUUCAAGGUUUUGAAAGUUAUCUGGACUUUAGACUUAUUACCAUUAUAGAAAACAUGGCUCAACCUCACAGGAAGGCUGUAUUAAAUCUUUAUAAAACGCUUUUGUACAUGGGACGUGAUUGGCCUCAGGGUUAUGACCUCUUUAGAAAGCGGUUACAUAAAGUGUUCUCAAAAAAUAGUGAAGAAUCAGAUCCAAACAAAGUUGCCACUAUGAUUAAACAUGGAGAUUUUGUAGUUAAAGAAAUUGAAGCUCUAUAUAAAUUGAAAAAAUAUAGAACAUUAAAGCGAAGAUAUUAUGAUGACAAUUGAAAGACCACUUUCAUAUAAGGCAUGAAUUUUUAUAAUUAUGGUGCUAUUUUAGACAUAAGUAUAAUGUUAUAUAAUAUGUAGCAAUACUAAUGACAUUGAAUAAGUUCAUAUAACAAUAAAUGUUACUGCUAUCA